AUGAGCUAUUCAUACAUUGUUAAUGCAACUGGAGUUGACCAAGGCUAUGAAAGUGGCGAUUUUGAUGACCAACAAGGUAAUUGGCAAACAAUGCCUCAAGAGGAAGUCGAUGAAUAUAGUCAUGGUUCAUAUAGUUUCAACCUGCGAUAUGGGCAAAAAAUACCAGAGGACAAAACCACUUCAGAGAUGGAGUUUGACUUCGUUACGUAA